AUGGUUUUGGACAAAACUCGAACUAAUGAGAAGAAAUUAGUUCUAGUGGUGGACGUCGAAGAAACGACAGAGCCAGCACCUCGUAAAGAAGACAAGCUUCGAGAGCCACCAGAGAAAAAUGCAGCAGCUGCUACAAAAUGGACUGAGAAGAAAACAGUUGCAGCGGUGGAGAUCAAAGAAAUGACAGAGCCAGCAACUGGUAAAGAGGACAAGCUUCGGGAGCCACCAGAGAAAAAUGCAGCAGCAGCUGCAAAAUGGAUUGAGAGGAAAGCAGUUGCAGCGAUGGAGGCCGAAGAAAUUACCGAGCAUCUCGUAAAGAGGACAAGCUUCGGGAGCCACCAAAGAAAAAUGCAGCAACAAUUGCAAAAUGGGCUGAGAAGAAAAGCAGCUGCGGUGGUGGAGGUACAAGAAAUGACAGAGCCAGCCGCUUGCAAAGAGGACAAGCUUCCAGAGCCACCUGCUCUGAAGAAUGUUCAGAAAGAGUGGACUUGUGCUGUAUGCCAGAUCAAGCCAAAAAAGGAGGCAAUCAAGUGUGUAUCUGGGGAUACGCCAAACAAAUAUAAGACUGCAGAACAAGAGGUAAAAGUGCCGGUGAAUAGCAGCAACAGUGAGCAAUUCAAGCAGAGAAAUACUAAUACUAGUAAUGCUGGGAUGAAGCUGUCUAAACGGGGGUGCAGUAUCUGUGAUGUAAGGUGCCCCGGAGAGAUUGACAUGGCAGCUCACCUAAAUGGAAGUAAACACUUGUCCCGGAUUAAAAAGAUGUUCGAUCUUUGUGGUGGCGAACAAGUGUGGGAGUGUGGUAUCUGUAAUGUAAGGUUUUCCGCAGAGAGUGUCAUGGUUGGUCACCUUAAUGGAAAGAUGCACUUGUCCCGGGUUGAACAGAUGCUCAAUCCAAUAGGUGGCCAACCGGCGUUCUGCAGUAUCUGUAAUCACUUGUCCCGGAUUCAAGAGAUGAUCAAUCCUGGUGGUGGCCAAUCAGGAUGGGAUUACGGUGGUGGCUCAUUAGGAUGGGAUUACGGUGGUGGCUCAUCAGGAUGGGAGGCUCGGUAG